AUGGCCGAUAAGGUCGUGAUCGAUAAAACCACAUUUUCCACCCAUCUGUCCAACUUGGUUUCGUCAUGGAAGGCAGACAAGCGCUCGGGAAAUACCCUUUUUGGGGGCAUUGAUUCAAUCGUCAUCCUUAUGGGCAAGACCGAUAGGGAUGAGAGUAACUUCCCGAAAAACAAGGCCUUGAACUUCUGGCUUCUCGGAUACGAAUUUCCAACUACUCUUUUUGUCCUCACCACAGAAACUCUACUGGUGGUGACUACGCCGAAGAAAGCCGAGAUCUUGGAACCCUUGAAGGGCGGCAAGAUCCCUCUUGAGAUUCUAGUGGUGACCAAAGACCCAGAGUCUAAAACCAGAGCUUUCGAAAAAUGCAUCGAUUGUAUCAAGACUGCAGGCAAAAAAGUCGGAACCUUAUCUAACAAUACCACAAUUGGGCCAUUCGCUGAUGAUUGGAAACGCGCAUUGGAAGCUAUUUCAAAGGAUGUGGAGGAAGUUGAUGUCACACCUGCUCUUUCGGCCGUCCUUUCUAUCAAAGAUCCUGAGGAGCUGAUUGCCAUUCGCAAUGCAUCCCGAGCAUGCAGUGCUCUGAUGUCGGAAUACUUUGUGGAUGAGAUGUCUGGAUUGCUUGACGAGGAAAAGCAAAUCACUCACAAAGCCCUUGCCGCCAAAGUCGAUAACAAAGUCGACGAUGUCAAGUUUUUCAAAAAGACUGCCCGCCUUUCGGGUGAAUUUGACCCAGAGCAGAUUGACUGGUCUCAUGAGCCCGUUAUCCAGAGUGGUGGUACAUAUGACCUCAAGUUGACUGCCAAAUCGGACAACAAGAAUCUCGAGGCUGGUAUCAUUAUUUGCAGCUUUGGAAUCCGUUACAAAACAUACAGCGCGCUGAUUGCGCGUACAUAUUUGGUGGAUCCCAGCAAAUCUCAGGAAGGAAAUUACUCUUUCCUGGUCAACCUCCAUGAGACGGUUCUCAAGGAAAUUCGCGACGGAGUAGUGGCAAAAGAUGUACACAGCAAGGCCUUGACCCUUGUACGAGCCAAGAAACCGGAGCUCGAGUCCCAUUUGAUUAAGAGCUUUGGAGCAGGCAUUGGCAUCGAACUACGGGACUCGAACAUGGUCAUCAAUGCCAAAAACAACCGUGUGUUGAAGAAUGGCAUGACCCUGACCAUCACUGUUGGGCUGACAGACGUCAAGGAUGAUGAUGCCAAGGGCAAUCGUACCUACUCCAUGGUUAUCACUGACACAGUCCGCGUGGGAGAAAACGGUCCUCAUAACUUCACUAAAGAUGCUGGCAUUGACAUGGACUCGGUCUCAUUCUACUUUGGUGACGAUGAGCCCGAAAAGCCCGUCAAGGAGAAAAAGGAACCAAAGGCCAGUGCCGUGGUGAGUACUAACCCAACCCGCGGAAAGCUUCGUACCGACAGACAAGCCAAUCUCCAAGAUGGAUCCGAAGCCCGUCGUCGUGAGCACCAAAAAGAAUUGGCCACCAAGAAGACCAAGGAAGGACUGGCCAAGUACGCAAAUACUACCGGAGAUAAUAAUGGCGUGACUCAGAAGAAGUUCAAACGGUUUGAAUCCUACAAAAGAGACAACCAACUUCCUUCCAAGGUCAAGGAUCUUGUGGUAUACGUUGAUCAACGGGCUGCGACUAUCAUUGUGCCAAUCAUGGGUCGGCCAGUGCCAUUCCACAUCAAUACAAUCAAGAACGCCAGCAAGAGUGACGAGGGCGAAUAUGCCUAUCUUCGUAUCAAUUUCCUCUCUCCUGGUCAAGGUGUCGGCAGAAAGGAUGACCAGCCCUUUGAAGACCCAUCCGCUCACUUUGUUCGAAACUUGACACUGCGAUCCAAAGAUGCUGAUCGGAUGGCGAAGGUUGCAAGUGAUAUUACCGAACUACGUAAGACUGCGUUGCGACGGGAGCAGGAGAAGAAGGAGUUGGAGGAUGUGGUGGAACAAGACAAGCUUGUGGAGAUUCGAAACCGGCGUCCCACCAAACUGCCUGAUGUGUUCCUUCGGCCUAUGCUUGAUGGCAAACGAGUACCGGGAGAAGUGGAGAUCCAUCAGAACGGUCUCCGGUACGUGUCUCCUUUCCGCAGUGAUCAUGUUGAUGUGCUCUUCAGCAACGUCAAACAUCUCUUUUUCCAGCCAUGUGCUCAUGAAAUGAUCGUGCUUAUCCAUGUGCACCUCAAGACCCCUAUCAUGAUCGGAAAGAAAAAGACUCGAGAUGUACAGUUUUACCGUGAGGCUACUGACAUGCAGUUUGACGAAACUGGCAAUCGUAGACGCAAAAAUCGGUAUGGAGAUGAGGAGGAAUUUGAGGCUGAGCAAGAAGAAAGACGUCGGAGAGCCGCACUUGACCGCGAGUUCAAGGCAUUCGCAGAGAAAAUCGCCGAUGCCGGAAAGGAGGAGGGUGUGGAUGUUGAUAUCCCAUUCCGAGAGAUUGGCUUCACUGGCGUGCCUAGCCGCUCCAACGUCUUGAUUCAGCCCACAACAGAUGCCCUCGUGCAACUCACCGAGCCACCUUUCAUGGUGCUUACCCUUAAUGAAAUUGAGAUUGCUCAUCUUGAGCGAGUUCAGUUCGGACUCAAAAAUUUCGAUCUUGUCUUCGUUUUCAAGGAUUUCCUUCGACCCCCGGUCCAUGUCAAUACGAUUCCAAUGGAGGCACUUGAAAGUGUCAAGGACUGGCUUGACUCCGUUGACAUUGCUUUCACCGAUGGCCCGCUGAACCUGAACUGGGGCACCAUCAUGAAAACAGUGUCCAGUGACCCCCACCACUUCUUCAUUGACGGUGGCUGGUCCUUCUUGGCGGCAGAAUCCGAUGACGAGGGCUCUGAUGAGGAAGAAGAGUCGGCGUAUGAGUUGAGCGAUUCCGAGUUGGAAGCUGCCUCCGAAAGUUCCGAGGAAGACAGCGACUUUGAUGACGAUGCUAGUGCUGAUGCAAGCGAGGAAGACAGUGGUGAUGAGGAGAGCGGUGAGGACUGGGAUGAGCUUGAGAAGAAAGCCAAACGCCAGGAUCGAGAGAUCAAUAUGGCAGAUGAUGACCGUGGUACCAAGCGCAAGCGCUAG